UUUCUCGUAUGUCUAUAUAUACAUUUCGUUUUAAACCUCCACGCUCCGAGCUCACGUCCACAAAAACAACAAUGGACCCUACCUCACAUGAAAAUAACGAUGCUAACCAGCAGCAAAACGUUGUCGUCAUGAGACACGGUGACCGAAUCGAUAACUUCGAGCCAUUAUGGAUCACAACUGCCACUAGACCAUGGGACCCAACUCUCGCGGAAGCGGGUCGGUUAAGAGCUUUUCAUACGGGUCGGAAACUUAAAGCCAAUCUUGGCUUCCCAAUCCAUCGGGUCUUUGUUUCUCCUUUCCUCCGUUGUAUCCAGACCGCCUCCGAGGUUGUCUCCGCCCUCUGCGCCGUCAACGAUGGGCCUGACAUUGUUAGUAGCCACGGUGUCGCCAUCGAUCCCUCUAAACUCAAGGUCUCUAUUGAGUAUGGUUUGUGUGAGAUGUUGAAUAGAGAAGCCAUUAGGCGUGUUUCCGUGCCCAAAGAUGGGAACUUUGGAUUCAAUAUCGCAGAGCUUCAAGCCUUGCUACCAGCGGGGACAGUGGAUCGUGCUGUGAAACCAGUGUAUGAAGAGCUUCCACAAUGGGAAGAGACUGUGAUGGGUGCAAGGACUAGAUAUGAACGAGUUAUUAAGACGCUCGCAGAUAAAUACCCUUCAGAAAACUUGCUGCUUGUCACACACGGGGAAGGAGUAAGAGUUUCAGUUUCUGCAUUUUUGGAAGACAUAACAGUUAAUGCUGUAAAGUACUGUGCAUUUUCGCAACUACGAAGACAUGUUUUCCACAAAAACAAGUCAUUUACUGCUGGAGAGUUUGAGGUGCUUACUCCUAAUGGUAGAACCGGCAUUGGUUACAAAAUCCCUAUGGCCAACGGUGCCAUGAAUGCUGCUAUGUGACCUUUUUUCUAUGCCAAACACCAUUUUAGGCAUGCCUACCGUCAAUCUUUGUGUGCUGUUUUAAGCUGCACUUGUUUGUGUUUUUUACUAGAACUCUGAUCAAGGGAUUUUUAAUUUAGGGCAAAUUGAUUACACAAGUCAAUUACAUUUCGUUGUUGCAUCAGAGAAUUGAAUUGUUAUUGUCUC